UGUUGACAAAGCGUUCGCAGUAUAAAAACAGCAUUUAUCAGUACAUGAAGUAGGGUGAGCGGUCCGGGAUCUGAUUCAGUUACAGUUUACAGAGAAAUGUGGGCUGAUAUAUUGAAUCUGCUACUGCUCUUUCCGGCUCUGGGACUGGCACUUCCAUUGGGACAAAACAACACCGAAACGUCCAUUUUUGUCCUGUGAAAGUGAACCGGAUGUGGAUACAAAUAUUAUCGAGAUGUCCAUCUCUCCCACUUCAGGACUAGGGACUCGCAGCUUUCUCCUGAACAAGGCUCGACGAUGGACUCACGGAAUCGUUCCUUAUGAGAUUGAUCCUUCAUUUUCCGAAGCUCAAGUGGCGAAAAUAAAAGAUAAGAUAAAAUUGUUCUCUGAUGUCUCUUGUUGUGAAGUGGGUCCCACGCCACACUCAGAAAGAUUAUGUGAAGUUUUUUCACUUCUAUCAUAAGGAGACGUGCAACUCUCUGGUGGGACGUAAAGGUGGUGAGCAGGUAAUAAACCUGGGAGACGAGUGCUUCAACGACAACGGCUUCCAAGGCGCCAUACCCCACGAGAUGAUGCAUGCCCUCGGGUUCAUACACGAGCAGCAGCGGGUGGACAGAGACUGCUUCGUCAAGGUGGCUAAACAAGCCUACGAGACUAAAAGGUUUGACUAUGGGUAUAACACACAAUACGGACACCGGAUUUCCAUAUGACUUUGAAAGUAUCAUGCAUUAUGGUGCCGGCGUCAAUAUGAAGGCACUGCAUGGGGUAAAGUACAUUUUUUGUUCUAUCAAUAGGCGA